AAUUUUCAUUCUCCUCAGCGUGUUCAAACUUGCAUUUUGAUUUUGAAGUCAAAAAGCAGAAUUAGCCAUCGCAUCCCUCACUCCCAAAAAUCAUGUAUCUAUCUGCACUUCAUUGUCUUCUCAACCCAAACUCUAUUGCCAAGAACACCUGCUCCUCUCUGACUCUCCCCGAAGAAAUCAAGAAUGGCGACGGAGAAUCAAAGACAACCCUCGAAACUCGAAAAACCCAUCAAUGGCAAGAGGCUUCUCUUCUUCUCUCUACCUCUACAAGGCCACAUGACCCCCAUGCUUCAGCUCGCUGACAUUCUCCACUCCAAAGGCUUCUCCAUAACUUUCAUUCACACCAAAUACAAUUCUCCCAAUCCCUCAAAUUACCCCCACUUUACUUUCCAGCCCAUCUCGGACGAUCUCUCCGAAGCCGAAACCUCGGGGCUAUCUGUAUUUGAUCUGGCCUAUCUUAUCAAUGUCAAAUGCGUGGCACCUUUUCGAGAUUGUUUGGAUCAAUUGUUCUCGGAUUCCCCCGAGGAGCGUCCCUUCGCGGGCCUGAUCUCGGAUCCUGCCUUACAUUUUACCAGGGAAGUUGCCAAGAGUUUUCAGCUGCAGAGGUUUGUGUUGAGAACCUCCGGCGUCGGCGCUUUUCGGGCUUUUAGUUCGUUUCCGCUGCUUCAGGAAAAAGGGUAUCUCCCGAUUCAAGAUUCUCAAUUGGAAGAGCUUGUUGCUGAGCUUCCUCCACUGAGGGUCAAAGAUCUUCCUGUUAUCAAUGUACCGGACCUAGAGAAGUUCUACAAGCUGAUUGCAUCACUGAUUGAGGAAGCUAAGACUUCUUCAGGAGUAAUAUUUAACUCAUUUGAAGAACUUGAGAAUUCAGCAAUUGAUGCACUGCAUGAAGGAUUUCCAGCCCCCAUAUUCCCAAUAGGUCCCUUUCACAAAUACUUUCCCGCAACUUCAAGCAGCUUCUUGAAACCCGACGAGAGUUCUAUUUCUUGGCUAGACAAGCAGGAACCAAAAUCAGUAAUAUAUGUCAGUUUUGGGAGUAUUGCUGCAGUGGAAGAAAAGGAAUUCUUGGAAAUAGCUUGGGGCCUAGCUAAUAGCAAGUGCAGGUUCCUAUGGGUGAUUAGACCUGGAUCAGUCAAUGGCUUAGACUGGCAUGAAGCAUUGCCGAAGGGGUUCUUAGACAUGUUGGAUGGAAGAGGACAUAUUGUUAAAUGGGCUUCUCAGCUGGAAGUAUUGGCACAUCCUGCUGUUGGAGCAUUUUGGACGCAUAAUGGUUGGAAUUCGACCCUGGAGAGUAUUUCAGAAGGGGUGCCAAUGAUUUGUAUGCCAUGUUUUGCCGACCAGAUGGUAAAUGCAAGGUAUGUUACUUAUUCUUGGAAAGUAGGAGUGGAAUUGAGGAAUGGCUUGGAGAGGAAAAAUAUUGAGAGGGCCAUCAGAAGACUUAUGGUGGAGGAAGAAGGUGAAGAGAUUAGAAAGAGGGCGUUGGAUCUGAAGGAAAAGGCUAAGUCAACCUUGACACAGAGUGGAGCUUCAUUCAAAUCUCUCGAGAGCUUAAUCAGCUGCCUUUCUUCAUCCUGACCACAACAAAGUUUAAUUCUGGAUACCUUCAUGAUUCUUGAUAUUGCUUCUUAGGUUUGAUUUCCCAAUGGAUUAAGUGACUUUAGUUAAUUUAUCAUGCUAUUUUGUGCUGUGUUUUUGAACUUUGUAUAAACUGGGCAUGAGGUUCUACGCAUUUAUAAUUUGCUAUCAUUCUUGCUGCAGAAAUGAAAUAAUAUGAAAUCC